GUUAAUAAUUGUUUGUACUUGUCCUGUGUGCCAAUAACCACUACACUGGAAUUGUACAAUUCUAAGAGGGAGAUGUGUCCACUACUUGUGGAGUCCAGAGGCAGAACAUUGUUUGGAGAGAACUUUGCUACAAAUUUACUACUUAAAAUUUGUUAAACACAUACAGCCUAUGAAACAUCUUCCAACACUCUUGAAUCUUACACUUCCUUGCUUUUAUUUCCACAAACCUUUACCUGUCCAUCAGUCUUUCUAUUUCUAUAAUAGGACUCUUGAGUUGCAGUACAUGUUUGAUUGCAGCAUAGUUCCUUUGUGCCACAGAAUGUCACUUGAUCUGUCAGACGGGCAUGGCACAUAGGAGAAAAGCAUUGUAGCUUUCUGCUCUCUCUUGCAUCGUGCACAAUAUAUUUCUUCUGUGCUUCUGAACAUAUUUUAAAUCACUUAAUAUUUUAUUCUGUCCACAUGGCUACUUUUUUUUGUUAAGAAUAGGAGUCACUAAGUCAUUGUUUCCAAACAGAAUUCAGCCCUUUGAGAAAUGCUGCUUCUGCCACCCACCACCUUCACCCACAUUUCCCAAUCCCUCACUUAGGUUUGGUAUGCCUAAUGCAUGCUUGUUGACAGGCACCAGUUAGGGUGUUGUGGGUCAGUCUAGGAAUUGACGUGUGUGUUCUGGAAGUGCCUCCCUUGUUGUGCUAAGCUGGCUAGAUGCUGCCUGGGUUCCUCCCAGUCCUGGUGAUAUUAUUUGACCCCAGAUGGUGGUAAUUUAGUGGCAUAGUUCCGGUGCAGACACUAACUAUAAUGGACUUGGUUUAUCCUUGGCAUUGUAAGGAUCGCUCACUCAUGUGAUCUUAGCAAUCAUUAACAAGUUUGAAUAAAGUCUUAGUAUAUUAAGUCCUCAAUUCCUAUAUCAUUUAGCACAGAAGGACUUGCAUAGCGCAUGAGUUACUCAGUAACAUCAGAUAAUCUUGUGAUGAUGAUGAGAGUACAGCCCUGGUUUGCAGUCAUUUUAUAACAAAGGUAUUGAUCAAGGUUGGAAGAGCCACUGGCUCUGUGUAUUGACUCAACACCCUCAGGUUGGGAUAAACAUUCCUAUGGCUACCAUGGUGAUGAUGGACACUCCUUCUGCUCUUCAGGGACAGGACAGCCUUAUGGCCCCACAUUCACUACUGGAGAUGUGAUUGGCUGCUGUGUAAACCUCAUCAACAAUACCUGCUUCUAUACAAAGAAUGGGCACAGUUUAGGUAUAGCCUUUACAGACCUCCCUGCCAAUUUAUAUCCCACUGUGGGGCUCCAGACACCCGGAGAGAUAGUGGAUGCCAACUUUGGGCAGCAGCCGUUUGUGUUUGACAUCGAAGAUUACAUGAGGGAGUGGCGAGCAAAGAUUCAGGGCACCAUUAAGCGGUUUCCCAUAGGUGACCGGCUAGGUGAAUGGCAAGCCAUGCUACAGAAUAUGGUCUCUUCCUAUCUGGUCCAUCACGGGUACUGUGCUACAGCAACUGCCUUUGCCAGGGUGACGGAAAGUACAAUCCAGGAAGAACAGAUCUCUAUAAAGAACAGACAAAGAAUACAGAAGCUGGUCUUGGCAGGAAGAGUGGGGGAAGCCAUUGAAGCCACACAACAGCUAUACCCAGGACUCCUAGAGCACAAUCCUAAUCUCCUUUUUAUGUUAAAGUGCCGGCAGUUUGUGGAGAUGGUGAAUGGAACAGACAGUGAAGUACGUUGUUUCAGUGCCCGCAGCCCCAAAUCCCAGGACAGCUACCCUGAUUCCCCCAACCUAAGUCCAAGGCACGGCUCUAACAAUUUGCACAUUCACAGCACUGGAGCGGACAGCCCAAGCUGUAGCAAUGGAGUAACUUCCAUAAAAAACAAACAGAGCCACUGUAAAUAUCCAGCACUGAGCUCGUCGUCAUCAUCCUCUUCCUCGUCAUCCCCUUCAUCGGUGAACUACUCAGAGUCUAACUCCACAGAUUCCACCAAGUCCCAGCAGCAUAGCAGCACCAGCAACCAAGAGACCAGUGACAGUGAGAUGGAGAUGGAGGCAGAGCACUACCCCAAUGGAGUCUUGGAGAAUUCUGCUACAAGGAUAAUGAAUGGCACUUACAAACAUGAAGAGAUUCUGCAGACAGAUGAUUCCAGCAUGGAAGAUGGCUGUCCUCAGAGGCAGCUCUGUGGAGGGAACCACGCCGCCACCGAGCGGAUGAUCCAGUUUGGGCGGGAGCUGCAGAGCCUGAGCGAGCAGCUGUGCAGAGAGCAUGGGAAGAAUACGACACAUAAAAAAAUGUUGCAGGAUGCGUUCAGCUUGCUGGCCUACUCUGAUCCAUGGAACUGUCCCGUUGGCCAGCAGCUAGAUCCAAUCCAGCGGGAACCCGUGUGUGCUGCACUCAAUAGCGCUAUAUUGGAGUCUCAGAACCUGCCAAAGCAGCCCCCACUGCUGCUUGCCCUGGGCCAGGCCUCGGAGUGCUUGCGGCUCAUGGCCCGCGUGGGCUUGGGCUCCUGCUCUUUCGCCAGAGUGGAUGACUAUUUGCACUAGCCACUGAGUGAGACAGAGUGACCCCUCCAGUGCUGCCACCAUCACUUCCCCCUGCCUCGCAUUUCCCCACUGCCCCCAAGGGCAAGCUGCCCAGCAGAAGGACACAUUGCUGACUGAGGGGGAAUCCUUGUGAUGCCUUCAUUUUUCACCUUGGAAACUGCUGGCAGGGCCUUCCCCCCCCCUGUCGUCAUCACCACCACAGCCUGCUCUGCCCUGCAGCCAUUGCAGCACUCAGUAUUUUCACUGGUCAUUCUGAUGUAGCGCCUUUCCUACUUUAGGAUUUUAUUUUAUUUUAUUUUCUGACUGAGCCACCAGUAUUUAUAUCUGGAGAGUUUGUGCUGAGCUGGUUUCUACUAAUUUAGAGAUAAAAGUGUAUCUGUUGGUGAUGGCCUGCUUUUAUUUUCACGAGGGGAAACUGCCGGCACGCAUGUCACCAGGGCAGUGUUGUUCUCUAGUGCUAGUCCCCUUAAAGGCAAGAGGCUUCGUGUUUUGACCGGAGACCAACCUGUGCCACCACAUCUCUACUGCCUGAGCAGAAAGGCUCGUUUGUCUCUCUUUUGCCAUGUGAUAUUCAAGUUCAAGAACUGAUAGGUGGCCAUUGGAAUUUCUAUGGAGAAAAGCUGAGAAUGAGAAUGAAAGGUGUGCAGUAUCUUGGUCUCAUCUUCUAGUAAAAUGGCCUGAUACUCUGAGACAGAUGGUGAUGGUCUUAACCGAGCAUACCCAUCCCCUUAAACAUGGUUGAGAGCAGGAACAAUGUCUUGACUAAACACAUCCAACAUUAUAACACAGGCAGCUAAGAUGAUGACCUCCAGAUGUUGGACUCCAGUUCCCAUCAGCCCCAGCUAACAUGAUCAGUGGUCAGGGAUUGUGGGAUCUGUAGUCUUAACAACAUCUGGAAAGCAUCAUCUUAACUACCCAUGCAUUAGAGGAAGGGAUCCUAGGCCCAAUGCCGUUUGAUUAGCACAUUUAAUCCAAUAUGGGCAUUUAGGUGGCAGCUAGCAUCUAACAAAUGGGACUUGUCCCAUAGAGAUGUUGAAGGCAGAAUGACUUUACCUGUCUUUUAAAUGGAAUACUGUCACAUGAUGUGGAAACUGGGAAAUGUGUGUCACUCCAGCCUUUUCUAUUUGAGCUGGAGACUCUCCUAGGAGUUUUCACUUGGACUGCUGUCUGCUUUUUUAUACAGUUGCACGCCCCCCCCCCCCUGUGUUUGGGGGUCAUUCAUAGUUGACAAGCUCCCAGUCCAGGUUUGGGGCUCAGGUAGAUCAGAUCACACCUCCCUCUUUACCUGUGGCUCUUUGCUCCACACUGAACUUGAAUUCCGUCAGAUGCUUGAAUGACAACUGAUCAGCCACAAACGAAAAUGUGAAAUUGAGGAUAGAAGCCAAUAUUUAGUUUUUCCUUUUAAAAAAGGUGUACAGUUUUUACUCCAAGGGGUAGCCAUUAAAAAAAAAGGACAGACACUUCUAAACCAGAGUAUUGCAGAAAUCCUUGCAAAAUGUUGCUAGGCAUAAUGGGUGAAAAACUCAGGUGCCAGCCUAAUUUAUAUGAGGGUGUAUAUAUGUACAGUAUAUCAAGAGAGGCGCACUACAAAAAGCAAUUUUGCCAGAUUAUAGUAUGGAUUAUGCAACUUCAGAAUUGUUUGCUUGCUGGCAUAUUUCAACAUCUUGUCUAGCUUUUAAUAUACAUUUCUGAUGGGAAAAGUGACUCCUAUAAAAUCAACAAGCAAGACAUUUAGCUCAAGUGGUUUUUCAGUAUUGCAGAAGCUUACGGGGAAUGUGCUAAAUAAGAAGUGUGCCCCUUGAGGUGAAGAACAAUGGUCACAUUAGAACAGGCAUAGGCAAACUGGCCCUCCAGAUGUUUUGGACUACAAUUCCCACCAUCCCUAGCUAACAGGACGAGUGAUCAGGGAUGAUGGGAAUUGUAGUCCCAAACAUCUGGAGGGCUGGAGUUUAUCUAUGCCUACAUUAAAAAGAAGCUGGCAGUUUAGUUUGGGGCUUGCAGGUAUCAUGGUGAAUAACACACAUAUGUGCAGUAGACUUGGAGCAUACAGAAUAAGCAUCACAUUCAAGAAUGUGACCUGUACCUGUAAUGGGAAUGAUCCUACACAGUGCUCAUCAGUUGUAGACCACCUCUAUUUUCAUGUGUUUGUGUGUAAAGUAGUGGUGGUGGAAGUAAACACACUGUUUUUAUCCCUUGUUCUGCUGGGCUGACUAUUACUGAGAGAAUACAGAAACACUUUAAAAUUAAAGAGAUGCCUGUGGAAGACACAGUUUCACAUUCAAUCCCCCCUGCCCCUGGACUGAUAGUGUUACAUAACUGGCUAUGAUUGCUCUCUUGCACAGGUUAGAUCAAAGCAAAAUAUCAUCUUGGCUGCAUUGAAUAAAGGAAAGCAUUAUCCUUUUUUGCCAGCUGCCAUCAAUAACUGGUCAACACGAUACUCAAAUGUGUAGUGUUGUUUUAACAAUUCUAUCCUGUCUUAGAUCUUUUUUUAAAGAGUGCUCAGUGCUAGCUUACACAUCAAUAAGCAAAUCCUGUUUAAAACACGGAUUUUAAAAUCCAUCCCUAAUUGUGUCUUGGUGUGAAAACUGACAUCUUCAUAUCUCCAAUCUCAUUUUCUGCACCAGCAACCUAUCAACCGGCUGCUAUUGCUGUAUGUAGCUCUUAACAUUUAAUUUUUAAAUUUUACCUAUUUUGGAUGAGUCUUUAACCAGUGAUCCCCUGCCUCCAUAACAUUCCUUUUUACAGAGUUGCUUUGAAUAUUUUCUCAGAAACAAGUUACCCACAUUUAUGGUGGGUAACAUGCUUUUGAUCUAAAGCAAUCUGCUUUGAUAAUGCAUGAAAGCUUGAAAUCCUGUAGACAUUGGAGGUACUCUAUGUCGCACUUGAGGAAGACUUUCAGUACCAGCCAACUCAGCUCAAGAGUUUCCUUGUGGUACAACUGCUGUUUAGACCCAGAAACUCCUGGAGUGUGUAGGCAAAAUGUGGCUGUUGGUAUCAAAGCCUAUAACAAUUGUUCUUAAAUUAACAGACAGUAUAAAUGUACUUUAGAGGUUAUAAAAUUAAUUCAAUCAAAAACACUAUGGAAUUUGUGAAACAAAACCUUCCCAGAUGUGUUCAUAUUCAUAUUGAUGAAAUAGUAUUCUCUUUUCAGAGCAGCUAACUAUGAAUACUCCACUUUGGAUACAGAAUCUUCAUUUUUUUAGUAGGUGGUCAUCAGAGCCAUUAUGAUCAAGAGCAACAAGAAAUAGCAUGCAUAGGUGAUAUCUGUCUAGGCUUUGGGUUGAAAUUGCAGAAUUUACAACAGUCUCCCCUUCCAGGGCAUUUGCCAUAUAGAUGGGAUAGAGAUUGCAAGUCUCUUAAGUUGUGUCUAGAAUCCAACAGUGUCACUGCUGAUUGCUCUUCAAUCUGGCAGUAAAAUACGGUAGUCUCUCUAGUCUACAGCUGUUUCAAACCAUUCUUUGAAAUACUAUGCUGAAGAAUGCCGAUCCCCAUACUAUAGAAGCUCUUAACACUGUACACAUGAGAAUUUCCACAUAUAAGGAGUGUUAUAUCUGAUCUCCUAUUAGGAGCAGGAGAUAUAAGACAAGUGGGGAUAUGGUUCUAUAAAAAAGAGGGCCACAGAUUAGCCACCCCAGUCCAAGAAUGUAGAUGUGGUACACUCUCUACUAAUUCACUCUGACCCCAAACAGUUCCUUUUGUGCAAAAAAAAGAGUGAUUUUGCUUUUAGAUUAACAUCUAUCUUUUGGACAAGCUAUCUGUCUUGCAGGAUGAGAUUACCAGACCAUUGAGCUUUGGUUCUGUAGGCCUUUUGUAACACGGCAGGUGGCACUAGAGAUUCAGUAAGGUACAUGUUUCUGAUGCUUCCCUAGAUCAAUCAUUUUAACCACAGGUGGGGUAGCAUGCCUCCCAACAGCACCCAAACACCCAUCCCUUCAUCAGGCCCAUGCUGCUCUUAUUCAUCUUCCAUAUAUACUUCGUAACUUACUCGAGAAAUUCUUUGUUCUAAAUUAGUGGCAGGUUUCAAGCGCCGGGCCUACCAGUUGGUGAUCUGUUGGCCAAAACUGGUCGCCUGGAUGCUAGUUGCCAAACCUGUUUUUUAAAUAAGGGAGGAAAUGGAGCAAAAAGGGUGGUGUGGAAAUUGUUGUUGACAUGGCAAUAGAGGCAUGUGCACCACACUUCCCGUCUCAACCUUCAGGCAAAAUUAGUUGCUGAGUAGGACUCUCAUACAACUAAGUAGCUUUUGUAUGGUGGGGCCACACUGCUUGGGGAAGUACUCUGAAGCAUAUUGAAAAGAAAAGGUUGGCAUUUACUACAAGGAAACAUUAAGGUUUAAAACUAUGGGUUGUUUUUUGCAUUUUUAAUUUUGGGGUGUCUGUGUGCUCAUCUUGAAUCUGCUGACGGCAACGUGAAGUGGGUGGCAGAGUGUGACUGGAUUGCAUCUUGGAUGUCAAGCUAG